AUGCUAACGACACGAAUUGCUUCGUGUAAAUCAACCGUACCCUUGCUACUGAAGAAUAGCUCUUCGGUCAUUUCGUGUUUCUUUUGUAGUCUCCGGGAAUCAAAGAACGAAUACGGACGCCUUCCCAACUCGACCAAGGUGGUCAGUGCCGUGAAUGACAUACAGAUUGAAUUAAAAGACUUGCUCAGUAAAAUCAUAAAAGUUGGCGAGGCUAUCAAACCAGGAAGCAGAUAUACGACGAAAUGUAAGACAUGCCAAAUCAACCUGACCAAAGGGAAGCGCAACCGAAACCAGAUUGCACUUAGCCUGGCCAUCGCUCUAGAAAGACUUCACGCCGCACUGAAUAUCAUGAAGACAAACUUCUUUGCACUCAGAAGAGCUUGUCCACCUGCUCUUGUAGCAAAUGGUCAAAGCGGCUAAGUUAGUCGAUAUACACGAACUAUAGGUCUUUAAGACAUCAUAGUAUCCAAUACGAUAUUGGUAUU